GAAAAAGAAAAUUAGAGGAUGAGGAAAUUGGUGGUCGAAAGAAAGAGAAACAAACAUAUCCUGAAGAAUCAGAAGAAGGUUGUGAUAGUCUUGCUGUUAUAUCAGAUGAAAGGUUGAAAUGGAUCACUAAACUUAUAGAAA